AUGAUAUUUCUCCAGGGGAAGCACGUGUCCAGGCAUGCCAAUGAGAAAGCCAGCCGAAUACAUGAGCAGCGGGAGAUUUCCUCAUCUGCCGCGACACCUUCCGGUGGGUGGGGUGUGUGUGGGCAAAUUGGUAGACUGGGAACCACGGGAUCUGAGGAAAUCUACAUGAAUCAGGAGGUCAAGAUGCAAGCAGCAGGCUUCAAAGACAAGAAACAGAGGGCCCCAGCCGAUGAGGAAGGUCCACACCGUGACUAUGAGAAUAUCACCUUGACCUUCAGACACCAGGACCAAUCACGGGGCAGCCAUUCACCACCCAAGAAUCGGGCCAAGCAGCCGCCUGCCAGCCCACACCGCGCAGCCUCGGGAGGGGCCCACGUCCCAGCCUGGUCUCGGCCGGCCCCGGACUCUGCCCAGGUCCCCGCUUGGCUGUGCAGAGCCAUUCUGAGCCUGUACAUUCUCUUCGCCCUGUCCUGCAUCGUUCUCUUGGCCUUGGUCCUGGUGAAGAAUUCUGAGGUGUCCCGGGAGCUGCUGGUCUUGAAAGAGGAGUUCCAGAAUGCCUCCAUCUCCGGGCAAGAGUGUCAGGAGAAGCAGAGACAGGGCUGGCACAGCGUCCAGGGGCUCAUCAAGGAGGCCAAGAAGGAGAUUGACACGGUCAAGAGAAAUGUCCAGGAGACAGGGAGGAUGCUUUCAACAGACAUAAGCCACAUCAAGAAUAAGUUACAGGAGAUCUCCAGGGUACUGGAGAGGAUGCCACUCCCAAACCCCACACCUCAGUAACUGAGAAGACACGACAGCCUGGCUGCAGCUUGGCGACGGGGCUGCCCCGCCCAGGGAAGACGGCCGCCUGUGUGCAUCCUGGUGUGACACGAACAACACACGAAACAGUGGGCGGCUGUGUCAGCAAGGGCCGCAGGCGUGUGUCAGUGUGAGCGCGGCUGUUGGUGACACGUGUGGCAUCGUGAGCACGUGUGAGUGUCCUGGGGUGCGUCGUGUAUGAAUGUGUCACGGGGCUGCGUGUGUGUGUGUGUGUGUGUGUGUGUGUGAGCACCGCAUACCUCGCUGUGAUUAUGGGGGUCGCAGCGUGUGCCCUGUCACUACCUGUGUUGGUGUGAACAGGCAUGUGUCAGUGUGUGAUGAUUGUGUCACCGAGGGUGCUCGGAGCAGGCGCACACAUGCAUCCACUGGUUUCUGCACUCGUGUUUUGUGAUUUGUGAAGAUAAAAGGCCAACGGAAACGAA